AUGCUAAGAAUAUGCUCCCGAGCACCACCAUUGCCAGCAAACUUCAUGGAGAAAAUUAAAUCCAACAUCAAAUGCAUAUGCAAGUCAUGGCACUCUUUGAUCUCUAAUAAAACUCAAUUUGCCAAAAUCCACCUUCAACAUGCAAAGCAGGACACCAAUGUCAACCGCCACAAGCUCUUUCUCUUCACUCUUCCUCCGAGAUCUAUAGAUCACGAAGCAUACUGUAAUAAUCCCGAUGGUGAUAUUGUAACAAGAGAGCUGAGUCUUCGAACGAGAGAGCUGACUCCAGACAGCGAUGUCCAAUUUGUGGAAUCAUGUAAUGGCUUGAUUUGUAUUGCUUUUGACUCUAAAAUGAUUGUGUGGAAUUCAUCUACUGGAGAGUCAAAGGAUUUGCCUUCGACGAUUUCGUUUCCAGAUGAUAACCUUUUUUUUGAUUCCGAUAUGAUUCGCGCCUUGAUGAUUAUAAGAUAUAAUGAUCCAUACAAAAAGUCUGUAAUUGUUUCAUUUGAUUUGGCAAAGGAGAAAUUCAUGGAGAUGACACCAAUGCCAGAUUAUAUUCCCCAAAAAAUGGGGAUAUAUUUAAAGGUUCUAGGAGGUUGCCUCUGUGUAUGUGCUACUACUUAUACAUUAUACUGUGAGGCAUGGACAGUGGAGGGAAAUGGAACCAGAGCUUCUUGGACUAGACUGUUCAAAUUUAGCAGUGACCCAUUAUCUGGAUGUAAAUAUUGGCUUGAGGUAUUAUGGGUUUCAAAGAAUGGUAAUGUUCUAUUCAAUCUUGAUGGAUGGGAAUUAGUUUUAUAUAAUCCUGAAGAGCAGACUUUAAAACAGUAUAGAGUACCUAAUGAUGGAGACUGGUUUUUGGCGACUACUUACAUGAAAACUCUUGUUUCCCCUAAUGCUCCUGAAGGCUCAAUAAUGGAAUAA